UUUCGAGUUACUUUUUCUCAGGAAGUCGCAGGAAGAGAAAAAAUGAACUUUUACUUUUGAUUAUUAUUGAUUGAUGACUGCUGCUUGAGAUGAAAUCAUGAGUGGGAAUCUUACAGACGAGCAGCGUCGAAAAAUCGAUGAAAAUCGUCGCAAAGCCUUGGAAAAAAGGGCAGCUCGUCUCAAUCAGUCAAAACAACCCUACAACUCUACGCUGACACUGAGCAAAAAUCUCGUUAAUACCGACUCUUUUGGCUCUUCCUCCUCGCAUUCAAUAGCCCGUCAAUCAAACUCUACAAAGCAAACUUUCCUGGACAGUAAAGAUGCCAGUUUUGAUGCAGCAAGACCAUUUCCUCGUCAGGUCUCGGAGUCUUCAUUCAUUGAGUCAAAGCUCACAUCAGCAACAACACAAUUGCAAAAUGGGAAUGAAACGUCGACAACACAAACUACAAGCAUACAAGACUUUGUUUCUAAAUUCGCAAGGCCUGGUAGUUCAAAGAGCACUUUUUCUAAAAGUGACAAAGGAAAAGUAGAAAAUUCUUCUUUGACUAACAAGGGGCCAGAGCAGACCAAAGGAAAUGAUAAAGUCUGUGGUGCGCCUGGUCUUGGAACAAUGAAAGAUGUAAAAGUUGUAAAAGGAACUUGUAUACUUGUUAGCAAAACGAGGUUUGCAGUCAAGGUUGGGUACCAUGCACAGCUAAUAGGACUGUUCAAGACAAUACCUAGUCGAAAUUAUGAUCAAUCAACUACAACAUGGAAUUUUGCUUUGGAAGACUACAAAAGCUUUAUGACUGCAGCCAGGUCCCUACAGCCAAAUGUUUACAUAGAAGGCCUACCGAAAACAGUUUUGUCAGUAUUCACCAAGACAACGCCAGGAACACUCAAGGAGCUAUCCACACAGGACAUUAAUUUAAACUCUGUUGAUUCAAAAUUGGUAUCCUCCUUAAUGCCAUUCCAGAAACAAGGAGUGAGUUUUUGUAUCCGUCAUGAUGGCCGUGCACUUAUAGCUGAUGAUAUGGGUCUAGGAAAGACUAUUCAAGCAAUUUGCAUUGCAAGUUACUAUCGUAAGGAGUGGCCUCUUUUAGUUAUUACACCUUCUUCUGUGAGAAUAACAUGGCAACAGGCAAUCAUAAGAUGGCUGCCCUCAGUUAAUCCACAAUAUAUUAAUGUGGUAUUAACAGGCAAGGACAAACCUACAUCUGGUCUUGUCAACAUCAUUAGCUAUGAUUUGCUGUCCAAGUUUACAGAACAGUUAAAGGCCAAUCCUCCAAGAGUUAUCAUUGCUGAUGAAAGUCACUUUAUCAAGAAUUACAAAGCAGCAAGAACGAAGGUUGCAUUACCUCUUAUCAAGGCAGCCACACGUGUCCUCCUUCUAUCUGGUACACCAGCACUGUCUCGCCCUAUGGAACUGCACACCCAAAUCAGUGCUGUUAAACCCAGUUUAUUUCCAAAUUUUCAUGAGUUUGGCCUACGCUACUGUGGUGCAAUGCAGAACCGUUGGGGAUGGGACUAUUCAGGAUCGUCCAACAUGGAGGAACUGCAGCUGAUACUUGAAGAGACUAUAAUGAUUAGACGAAUGAAAACAGAAGUGUUAUCUGAACUUCCUUCUAAACGACGUCAAAUGGUUCUUCUUGAUCCGUCGUUAAUAAAGACGAAACCACUAGAGAGAGCUGCUAGACAAGUGGCCCAUGCAAAGGAAAAAGAUCAACAUGGCGCUCUUCUGAAUUACUUUUAUGAAACGUGCGCUUCAAAAUUGCCAGCAGUCAGGGAGUAUGUUUUAGAUCUCUUGGAGGGUGGUCACAAGCUGUUAGUGUUUGCCCAUCAUAAAGAUAUGUUGGACGCCAUUAGUACCAGUCUGACUGCAAAGAAAUACAAGUUCAUUAGAAUCGAUGGCAGUACACCGUCAUCCAAGCGACAACUUCUGUGCGAUACGUUUCAGAAGGAAAAAGACGUGCUUGUUGCUGUCUUGUCAAUCACUGCAGCUAACACAGGUCUGACAUUAACAGAAGGUAGUGCGGUCGUCUUUGCAGAAUUAUUCUGGAACCCUGGGGCAUUGGUUCAAGCUGAAGACCGUGUUUACAGGAUUGGUCAGAAAAACUCCGUCAAUAUUCAUUACCUCGUUGCUAAAGCGACAGCUGAUGACUUUCUCUGGCCUCUUAUUCAAAACAAACUUCAAGUACUCAAUAAGGCGGGGCUGAGUGGAGAUGACUUUUCUAAUGCAGAUAUGAUGACCUUUAAGGACCCCAAACAAAAAACCUUGUUCUCUUGCUUCGAAUCUUUGAUCGAGGAGAACGCAGAAAUUGACUCCGCUUUGUCUGAUGCUCUCGACCAAGAAACAUCACGUGCAGCACUGUCUACUGAUGCAGUGACAACGGAUUCCAUGGCAACGACUUCGGCCACCGAUGACAGUUCCAAAAAGACAGACGAUCGUGGACGACCUGUACAGCGGAUUUCUUCAAAUGAAGCUAAGUCAAAUUUAUCCGAAGAAAGUUCAAAGAUUAAAACAAUUGAGAAUACUGAAGACGAAGAGGAUCUUGGUUUCAGUUGGUUUAAUAGUUUCGAUGAUGAUGAGUGUUUACUAGAGAGUGAGUUGUUGUGUGAACAGACCUCAGAGAGCACGCUCUCUGGUGUUAUUGGUAAGAGUAAGAAACCAAGUAUUUCUGUGUGUGGUGAUGAUGAGGUUGAGCCGUCUCCGAAACGAUCAAAGAGAUAAUGUUGGGCUAUGCAAUGUGAAUAUGAAACGAUAAUGACUAGUUUGACUAUGGAUAUAUAUGGGAUUCGUUAUUCUUGUUGGUAAAACGUCUGAUGUAUCACUAGAUGGUUAAGUUUUUUCACUAUUCAAGCGAUAAGAGAUAAUUAACGGUGAAAUGAAAUUGAGAAACAAUGGUCUAGUUUAUUGUCUUUCUCUCCUCUCCUCCUCUCUUCCUCUCCACCUUUCCUCUCCUUUCCUCUCCUUUCCUCUCCUUU